GACCAUUGGUUUUGUGUCGGUGUGAAUAAUGAAGGCACAGGAGGCCGCAGAAAGCUGAUAUUUCUGCUGCGUCACCGAUGCUGAAAGGACGUGCAGGGAGGGGAAGGGGGACCCAGAGAGAAUGAAGGAGAGGAAGGGAGGGUAGAAAGAGAGAGAGAGAGAGAGAGAGAGAGAGAGAAAGAGGAAGCAGCCAGAUGAGAAGAGACUCGGUGUGAAAUAGAGCAGACAAGGGACUAGCUGACUUACUGAAACAACCAUGUUUUCUCCCUGGAUCUCUUCCCUCAAGCUCAUUCUGAUUCCUCUAUUCUGGAGGGGCAUCUACACAACAGAAAAUCCUUUGUUGGCUUUGAAUGAUCCUGUCACAACAGUAUUUAGGAGUGCAGUCUUGAAAGGUGACAAUCUUGUUGAAAAAGUUGAAAUCUUGAAACCCAUCAAUUUAGAGCUAGCUUGUACCUGUGACGGUAAUCCAAACAAAUUACCAAAUGUUACUGGGUUCUGGAGAAAAGAUGGGAUUGAAAUUGCUAACUCACGCCUGACUGUACUUUUGGAGAAUGAACAAUAUAAUCUCAAAAAAGUGUUCAGCAUUCAUGGAGAUUCCCUUGGGAAUUACUCAUGUGUCUUUAAUGGUGCAGACAAGGAGUCAAAAUUUGAUUUUUAUUUGACAGCACCAGAGAUGGGCAACAUGAAGGAAAAGCCCAUAGUUGCCUAUGUGGGUGACUCUGUGGUGAUGGCCUGUAAAAUCAAGCUUCCUCCUAAAACCUGGAUUUGGUACAAAGAAAAUGGUACUGAGCAGGAACUCAUCAAUUCAACUACUGACCCCCUUCGUUACAAGAUCUUUGUUGAUCGGAACACCACAAAACUCACCGUGACGAACCUGACAGAGGUGGACUCUGGUGUUUACAUCUGCAGUGCCAUCUACAACAUCAAGACCAGUGUGAGCCACUUGGAAGUUCGGGUCAUUAGCUUCAUGGAGCCUCUAAAACCUUUCAUAGCCAUUGUGGCUGAGGUGAUCAUUCUGGUCUUCCUCAUUCUACUCUAUGAACGGUGGGGCUCUCAGAAGAGCAGUAGCUCGCCUACAGGAAAUAUGAUGCAUGUUGACCAAAUGCAUAAACUGACUCAGGAUGAUAAUGGAAUAGAUGAAAGUUCCACAAGAAAACGAAAGAUAUGAAGACUCAGAAAACUACUGUAUCAACCUGUAUAAGAGUGCUACAUUUUUUUUGUGAGUGUGCUUGAAUCAAUUACUUAUUCAUCAGUAGCUUAUCAAUGGUAUACUUGUGUGAACUUUUAGUAUCAUAACCUACUCAAUUAAGAUCACUCUUAUUACUAACUGUUGAAGCAAUGUCUUGUUUCAAUGUUUUAGUUUUUUACAGAAACAAGAAUAUUUAUACUCAUUGUAAAUAUGUGAACCAGAGACAAAAGUAAAAAGUUUAUUUUUGGUGCUGCAAAUAUAUUCAGGCAACACAUUGUUUUUAUUUUAUGGUAGAAAUGAUCCUCAUGUUUUCAGGUUUGAUUCACCAUCACACUCUCGGUACCUGUUAGGUUGCAGUAACAACACAGCAAUAUCUCGGCAGCGUGUUUUUUAGUUGGACGGACAGCUCUGUUUUAACAUAAAAGCCAAUAUCUCCUAGUCUACCUUCAGCUGCAUUAAAUCAUUUUAAUAUAUCAUUGGUUUUGUGCAGUGCCUUACACCUGACUUUCUUUUUUGCUAGCCUCUUGAUGCCUGGUUGUUUUUUAAUUUGACAUUAUCUGUCAGUGUUACAUUCAUGUGCCUGUAAUAUUAAUUUCAAAAUGUCCUUAUGUAGAUUAAACUUAUAUGUGGAUGGCAAAUAAAUAUGCUAUGGUUUGACAGUGUG